UAAUCACUAAUAUUGUUAUAGUAUGAAACGUAUUGAUGAACAAGAGGAAAGUGAUGAUGAGAUAAGAGAUCUGAAAGAGAAGCUAAGGAUGAGGAGAGAGGAGAUCUACAGUUCAAGAUCAAGGAAAACUAAACCAAGGAAACCUGGAAGGAAGAUCAGCCGGAGAAUGCCAGGGAUGAUUUUAAGCGAUGGUAAAACUGAUCCUGGUACCACAGAUCAGUCUGGUAGUACAGAUUAUAACAGUGAAGACAGCUAUGAGUUUGAGAAGAUGUUGGAUUCUAAUGAUGAAGAUUAUUCUAAGUUUGAACGAGGAUCCAAGGAUUUUGUUGGUUCACUCAGUAACAUUCCAGAGGGCUCUGCUGAGAGUAUUGCACUUUCAUUGCUUGGUCAGAUAGGUGCAGGUCGCCUACCUCCAGCUGACCAGCUGCCCUGGCUAGUAUCAGAGGAAGAUGCUCCUCAGCAACUUCUUCCACUUCCGGACUCACUUCCGGUAGAUCCGGAGGACGAUCUCAAGGGUGCCACAGCUCUAAGAGGAAAUCUACUGUGGGCCCCUCCUAGACCCCAGCUAGUCCUCACAGUACAGUACAAACCUAAGAAUAGAAAGGCUGCAAUGUAUCUGCAGAAAUGGCAGUGCUCCGGGUGCGGAAUGAAGGUUGAGCAGAAGUACAGUAAAUCCUACAGGUUUUGCAACUAUUUAGGUAAAUUCUUCUGUACUGGGUGCCAUGAGAAUACUGGAGCUAUCAUUCCUGCGCGGGUUAUUCAGGAUUGGGAUUUUAAGAGGUAUCCUGUAUCCAACUUCUCCCUUGAUAUUCUCAACUCUAUGCACACGGAACCUGUAUUUAAUAUCCAAGAUCUAAACCCGGAUAUUAUCAGAAAAAUAGAGAAGCUAAGAGCUGUUUGUAUGUCAAGAUUACAAAUGAAUAAGCUCUCUAGAUAUAUAUCAACCUGUAAACAUGCAGUACAUUUACAAUCUAGGAUUGAAGAAUUCCUCUGUCCUGAUCCUUAUCUUUUCUCCAUGGAACAAUUAGUCUGCACCAGAUUUAAUAAACUAGGAUAUACAAUACGAGCGUUUGUCGGCGAACUACUUAAGCACGUUCAAGAGUGUGAUCUUUGCCAAGCCAAAGGAUUUAUCUGUGAAGGGUGUAGAUCUGGAGCUUCAAUAUUUCCUUUCCAGUUUGGAGUUCAUGAAUGUACUUCUUGCUAUGCUUGCUAUCAUAGUAACUGCUACUCCACUGAAUACGGCUGCACGCGAUGCAAAAGACUUCAGAUCAGACAAGCGCUUGAACCUGUGGUUUGUUGACAGCUGAAUAAACCAAAAAUAAUUAUAUUUUUAUUUAACCAGAUUCAUUUCACUUCUCAUUUCUUGAUGAUUUGUCCUUAUCAUGUCAAAUUAUCAAUUGCUAAUUCAAAACAGAAAUGAAAUAUUCUAUAUCUAUAAACAUAAUAAAUGUCCCUAGAGU